UGUUAUUGGCAGUGUCCAAUUAUGGAGAAUGACUUUGCAUAGCAACCAAAAAAAGGAGGGGAGAAAUGGAACAAAGCUAAGAAAAAUCUUCCUAAUGGUAGGAGGGUUUUCUAAUCCAAAGAAAGCAAGCAGCAGGGCAUAAGAACAGGUGCUUCUUUUCCUGUUACAAGAAUGAAGCGGACGCUCCUGCUUGUCCUCGCCUUCUCAGCGGGGGUUUAUGUUCUGUCUACCAACCUGUUUCGUGAGUACCACUACGUGAGCAGCCCCAAGACGUGGGCUGAAGCUCAGCGGUACUGCAGAGAGACGUACGCUGACCUGGCCACCGUGGACAGCCCAGAGGAAAACGACAGACUGCUCCUUGAAUUGCAGGGAUCCGGACAGUUUGCCUGGAUCGGGCUUUACGACAACACAACGGGCUGGAAGUGGACAAUGGGAGAUGAUGACUUUGUCGGCAAUAACAGUUUCCCACCUUGGGAACUGAAUCAGCCUGACAACUAUGGCGGCAAGCAGAGCUGCAUAGUGAUGAACUGGAUAGGAGGCUGGCGGGAUGAAAUCUGCAACACCGAGCGCCCUUUUAUCUGCUUUGACGAACACGGCCCUUCUAAAUACGUAGUAGUGAAUACAUUCAUGUUUUGGGAAGAUGCUAAGAACUACUGUCGGUCCAAACACACAGACCUGGUAAGAGUGUGGAACACGUCUCAGAACGAUGAAAUCCACCCACUGAUUGAGAGGAACUACUGGAUCGGCCUUUACAGAGACCUGUGGGCUAACUGGUCUGACCACAGCCUACUGACCUUCACUAACUGGGAGACGGGCCAGCCCGACAACAAAGGCAGCAUCAACAUGACUUCCUGUGCUGCCGUGGAUAUGAGCACUGGAACGUGGUGGGAUGUUGAUUGUAGUGAAGAGCACGAGUUCAUCUGUCAGACUCUGAUUCCAUCCAGUAGAAGGUUGGAGCUGCGCUUCCAGUCCGAGGCCGACCUGAACGACCCCGACACCCAGCAGCAGAUUUUACAGCAGCUCCACGCUAAACUGGAGGCUGAUGGACUAACAGACUUCAAGCUCCGAUGGAUCGAGAAAGACAGGCAGAUUUUUCACAAGGAUACAAAGGAAAAAACAUAAGAAAAAUUCAGCUUUUUAAAAUGUUGUCUUAUUAUUUCAGCAGCAUUUGUAACAGUUAGUCAAAGAUAUAUUUGUUUUUUUUAUUCAGUCAUCUAUUUACGUUUCAGAUGGGAGAAGCAGAAGACUUUUUUCCCCUAUAAAUGUCUGUCUACGCAUUAUGUGAACAUGAAACAUUGUUUCUUUUGCUCUGCUUUGUUUUAUGAGGUUGGAAAAUUGACGGACUGUGGUUCAAAAGUCUUGAAAAAUUGUUUGUGAAUAAUGACUUGUACUACAGUCUAACGUUGGGUUACAUCAUACAUAUAGUUUGCUUUACUCUUUAACUGAAGUUUUAUUAUAGUAAAUGAUAUGACUUGCUUUAAAAUUCCAUUACCUUUAUUUUUAUUUUGUUUUAUUUUUACUCAUUUCUAAAGCUCAUCUGUAGUUUAAAAUGAAAUAAUA